UUCUGAAAGAUGGUACACCUAUGUCACUGGGUGACCAAAUCUAUAACGCUUCUGAAGAACUAUGUAAACCAAAUCAGGUUGAAAGGGCAACAGAUAGAGGUAGCAGGAAUCUGGAGAUGGAGAAUACAGAAAUGUAUCAAGACUUUGCCAAACAACAAGUUGAAAGUAAUGGUUAUGGAAGUCAAGGUCAUGAGAUACACAAGAUUGAUGAGACCAAUGAAGGCAGAGACUCAUGUCCAGAGACUGAUGAUGGAAGCAUUAGCCAAGUGACACAAAUUCUAUUGAAAGGUAAAGGUAAUAAGUUCCAGGGCACAAGCAGCUCAGGUAGUGAAGAGAAGAAAGCAAGCAGGAACUGGAGAGGAGAAAUGAAGCAUGAGAUACCUGUCAAGGAUGAUGAGCAAAUGAGGAAGUUCAACCAACAAAAACCAGACUUUUUUCCUUUGAUCCCAAAUACAGAAAGAGAAAAGGUUAAUCUCAAACAUAAGAUGAUGGAUGAAAGAAAAAGUGCGGAACAAUGGAUGCUUGAUCAUGCACUUAGGCAAGCAGUCACCGAACUUGCUCCAGUGAGGAAAAGUAAAGUUGCACUGCUGGUUGAAGCUUUUGAAACAGUAAUGCCAACACCCAAAAUACAAACCCAUACGAAAAAAGGUUCAGCCUCUUCCCAUGCAAGAAAUAUCCAAGCUUGAAACCGAUGGGCGUUUCUGAGGUAAAGACAGAUACAUUUCGUCAUUCUUCUAUUGCAUUCCCUUUGUAACCAUUAAGAUGAAAAGUUAUGGAAUCUGUUAACCGAUUGGAAUGCAAGUCAAGAUGAAAAGUUAAGAUACUUCAAGUGCCAUCUUUAUGAUCAGCAAAAGACAGAGUAUCAAGACAGCCAGAAGAUAACCAAUUUCUGACAGUUAUCUGCAAUUUUAUAGCAAAAAGAAAAGCUUUGAGCAACACUUUUCUAAAACAAAAAGACAAAAGAGCUUCAACAGAUAACGAAUUGGUGACCGUUUGAUUGAAAAUCAAAACUCAUUCUAAAGCUUUCACGUUAUUUGCAUCACACAUGCCACUGUAGUGUUAAUGGGCAUGACUGAUAGGAACAGCACUUUAACUAUACUCUCUCAAAAUGCUGUCCUCUGUUUCUGCCUUUAACUUGUCAUAUCUGGAGUUGGGGCCAUUGAAAGAGUA